CCCGCCCCCCGCACACAGCUGGGACCUGGGCUGCGGCUGGGCGGGCGGGUGGAGUCCGGAGCCGGCCCGGGACGCGCCGGGCCCUCCGCGGUCUGUCGGUGCGCCCGAGCGUCUGUGCGCGCCGUCGGCCAUGGCCGUGCGCCCCGCGGGCCCCGCGCUCCCCUGCCUGCUGGCGCUCGUGCUGUGCUGCGGCUGGGGGGCGCUGGCCUCGGUCGUCCCGAAGCCGGGAGCCGGCUGUCCGAGCCGCUGCCUGUGCUUCCGCACCACGGUGCGCUGCAUGCAUCUGCUGCUGGAGGCCGUGCCUGCCGUGGCGCCGCAGACCUCCAUCCUGGACCUUCGCUUUAAUAGAAUCAGAGAGAUCCAGCCUGGAGCGUUCAGGAGGCUGAGAAACUUGAAUACGUUGCUUCUCAACAAUAAUCAGAUCAAGAGCAUACCUGGGGGAUCGUUUGAAGACUUGGAGAAUUUAAAAUAUCUCUAUUUGUACAAGAAUGAGAUCCAGUCAAUUGACAGGCAAGCCUUUAAGGGACUCUCCUCCCUAGAACAACUAUACCUGCACUUUAAUCAGAUAGAAACGUUGGACCCAGAGUCAUUUCAGCAUUUGCCAAAACUCGAAAGGCUAUUUUUGCAUAACAACCGAAUUACACAUUUGGUUCCAGGAACGUUUAAUCACUUAGAGUCCAUGAAGAGAUUGCGACUGGACUCAAAUGCGCUUCACUGCGACUGUGAAAUCCUGUGGCUGGCGGAUCUGCUGAAAACCUACGCCAAGUCGGGGAAUGCACAGGCAGCAGCCACCUGUGAAUAUCCUAGACGCAUCCAGGGACGGUCAGUGGCCACGAUCACCCCAGAGGAGCUGGACUGUGAAAGGCCCCGGAUCACGUCUGAGCCCCAGGACGCAGAUGUCACCUCAGGGAACACGGUGUUCUUCACCUGUAAAGCCGAAGGCAACCCCAAACCCGAGAUCAUCUGGCUCCGAAACAAUAAUGAGCUGAGCAUGAAGACGGAUUCCCGCUUAAACUUGUUGGACGAUGGAACUCUGAUGAUCCAGAACACACAGGAGACAGACCAGGGCAUUUACCAGUGCAUGGCGAAAAACGUGGCCGGAGAGGUGAAAACACAGGAAGUGACCCUCAGGUACUUCGGGUCUCCAGCGAGACCUGCUUUUGUAAUCCAGCCACAGAACACGGAGGUGCUGGUGGGGGAGAGCGUCACCCUGGAGUGCAGCGCCACUGGCCACCCCCCCCCGAGGAUCACCUGGACCAAAGGGGACCGGACGCCCGUGCCUGUGGACCCUCGAGUGAGUAUCACUCCUUCUGGCGGACUUUAUAUACAGAACGUCGUGCAGGAGGACGGCGGGGAGUACGCCUGCUUCGCCUCCAACAGCCUCGGGAGCAUCCACGCCACGGCCUUGAUCAUCGUCCAGGCUCUUCCUCAGUUCACUGUGACCCCUCAGGACAGAACAGUUAUUGAGGGUCAGACGGUUGAUUUCCAGUGCGAGGCAAAGGGCUACCCGCAGCCGGUCAUCGCCUGGACAAAAGGAGGGAGCCAGCUGUCGGUGGACAGGCGGCACCUGGUCCUGUCGUCGGGAACGCUCCGGAUCUCGGGCGUGGCCCUCCACGACCAGGGUCAGUAUGAAUGCCAGGCCGUCAACAUCAUCGGCUCCCAGAGGGUCCUGGCGCACCUGACGGUACAGCCCAGAGUCACCCCGGUGUUUGCCAGCACCCCGAGCGACAUGACGGUGGAGGUGGGCAGCAACGUGCAGCUCCCAUGCAGCUCCCAGGGGGAGCCGGAGCCCGCCAUCACCUGGAACAAGGACGGGGUUCAGGUGACAGAAAGUGGGAAGUUUCACAUCAGCCCCGAGGGGUUCUUGACCAUCCACGAUGUUGGGACCGCGGACGCAGGCCGCUAUGAGUGCGUGGCCCGGAAUACCAUUGGGCAGGCCUCGGUCAGCAUGGUGCUCAGCGUCAACGUUCCUGAUGUCAGUCGAAAUGGAGAUCCAUUUGUAGCCACAUCAAUUGUUGAAGCAAUUGCGACUGUUGACAGAGCUAUAAACUCAACCCGGACACACUUGUUUGACAGCCGUCCACGUUCCCCCAACGACCUGCUGGCCUUGUUCCGGUACCCGCGGGACCCCUACACGGUAGAGCAGGCCCGCGCCGGGGAGAUCUUCGAGCGGACCUUGCAGCUGAUUCAGGAGCACGUGCAGCACGGCCUGAUGGUCGACCUGAACGGAACAAGUUACCACUACAAUGACCUAGUGUCUCCGCAGUACCUGAGUCUCAUCGCCAACCUCUCGGGCUGCACGGCCCACCGACGCGUGAAUAACUGCUCAGACAUGUGCUUCCACCAGAAGUACCGCACACACGACGGCACCUGCAACAACCUGCAGCACCCCAUGUGGGGUGCCUCGCUGACCGCCUUCGAGCGCCUGCUGAAGUCCGUGUACGAGAACGGGUUCAACACCCCUCGAGGCAUUAACCCCGGCCGGCUGUACCAUGGGCACCCGCUCCCCAUGCCCCGGCUGGUGUCCACGUCCCUCAUUGGCACGGAGGCCAUCACGCCCGAUGAGCAGUUCACCCACAUGCUCAUGCAGUGGGGCCAGUUUCUGGACCACGACCUGGACUCCACAGUGGUGGCCUUGAGCCAGGCCCGCUUCUCCGACGGGCAGCACUGCAGCUCCGUGUGCAGCAAUGACCCCCCUUGCUUCUCGGUGGCCAUUCCCCCCAACGACCCCCGCGUGCGGAGCGGGGCGCGAUGCAUGUUCUUUGUGCGCUCCAGCCCCGUGUGCGGCAGCGGCAUGACCUCGCUCCUCAUGAACUCCGUGUACCCCCGGGAGCAGAUCAACCAGCUCACCUCCUACAUCGACGCAUCCAACGUCUACGGGAGCACGGACCACGAGGCCCGUGCCAUCAGGGACCUGGCCAGCCACCGGGGGCUCCUGCGGCAGGGCAUCGUGCAGCGCUCUGGGAAGCCGCUGCUCCCCUUUGCUGCUGGGCCGCCCACAGAGUGCAUGCGGGACGAGAACGAGAGCCCCAUCCCAUGCUUCCUGGCCGGGGACCACCGUGCCAACGAGCAGCUGGGCCUGACCAGCAUGCACACGCUCUGGUUCCGGGAGCACAACCGCGUGGCCGCCGAGCUGCUCUCGCUGAACCCACACUGGGACGGCGACACCAUCUACCACGAGGCCAGGAAGAUCGUGGGGGCGCAGGUCCAGCACAUCACCUACCAGCACUGGCUCCCCAAGGUGCUGGGCGAGGUGGGCAUGAAGAUGCUGGGCGAGUACCGGGGCUACGAGCCGGGCGUCAAUGCCGGCAUCUUCAAUGCCUUCGCCACGGCCGCCUUCAGGUUCGGCCACACGCUGGUCAACCCCGUGCUCUACCGGCUGGACGAGAACUUCGAGCCCAUUGUGCAGGGCCACAUCCCCCUACACAAAGCCUUCUUCUCUCCCUUCCGGAUCGUGAAUGAGGGCGGCAUCGACCCGCUCCUCCGAGGCCUGUUCGGCGUGGCAGGGAAGAUGCGUGUGCCCUCCCAGCUGUUGAACACAGAGCUCACGGAGCGGCUCUUCUCCAUGGCGCACACGGUGGCCCUGGACCUGGCCGCCAUCAACAUCCAGCGGGGCCGGGACCACGGCAUCCCGCCCUACCACGACUACCGUGUGUACUGCAACCUGUCCUCCGCCCACACCUUUGAGGACCUGAAGAAUGAAAUCAAAAACCCCGAGAUCCGGGAGAAACUGAGACGGUUAUAUGGCUCCCCACUCAACAUCGACUUGUUCCCAGCCCUCAUGGUGGAGGACUUGGUCCCUGGCAGCCGCCUGGGGCCCACCCUGAUGUGUCUGCUGAGCACUCAGUUCAAGCGCUUACGGGAUGGGGACAGGUUGUGGUAUGAAAACCCGGGGGUGUUCUCCCCCGCCCAGCUGACACAGAUCAAGCAGACGUCCCUGGCCAGGAUACUGUGUGACAAUUCAGAUAACAUCACGCGUGUGCAGAGGGAUGUGUUCAGAGUGGCGGAGUUCCCCCACGGGUACGGCAGCUGUGACGAGAUCCCCAGAGUGGACCUCCGCGUGUGGCAGGACUGCUGUGAAGACUGCAGGACCAGGGGACAGUUCAACGCCUUCUCCUACCAUUUCCGAGGCAAGCGGUCCCUGGAAUUCAGCUACGAGGAGGAUGAGCCUGCCAAGAAAGCCCGACCUGGGAAGACUCUGAGCAUUGAGAAACACAGCCAGCGUCCCAGCAACACCACGUCCGCCUCCUCUGAGCACCCACAAGUUCCAGGGACGAACGACUUCAAGGACUUUGUUCUGGAAAUGCAGAAGACCAUCACAGACCUCAGAAAACAGGUACGGGCGGCUCCGAGCCCCGUCCUCACUGUCAGCAGCCUUUGUCUCUCCACGUGUCACACAGCCUGCAUUUCUCGCUUGACUGUGAAGAUAAAGAGACUGGAGUCUCGGCUCAGUCCCUCGGAGUGCACGGACACAGACGGCGAGCCUCACGCUGACGGGAGAAGGGGCAGCCAGAGGAACUGGGGCGCCCGUGGGGACACAGCCGUGGCACAGCCAGACGAAGUGAAGCGUCUUCGGAGAAGGAUGGGUGGGGGUGGGGGAGAAGUGGGUGCUUCCGAGGCCCCGGGAGAAGACGGCACUGCCCCCGUCAGCGGGGCGCUGGUCUCCCUCUGCCGGAACUUGAACUUGCCGGUGUCCUGCACCGAUACCGCCCUGGUCUCAUCGCUCUGGGUGUGUAAGGAUCUUCCUAAGACCUGGGAGGAAGCCGCCAUGGCCGCGGAGCCGGUGGGCGUGCGUGAUGCUGGUUUGAGCCUGGCCCCCGGCCAUCUCCCUGCUUGGAAACACUGCGCAGACCCGUUCUUCAAGCGGGCAGAGGCCAGGCUGGGUCCUGUGAGCUGCCUGCUGGACGUCUCACCCGGACACGAGGGCCAUCCCUGA